CUGCUGCCUGGAGCGCUGCCCGAGACCGACGAUUCGGACACACGAGCUGAAGGAGGCUGGGUGGAGGUCGCGCUAGCUUUGGCGGCGAGGGUGCGCCACGUAACCCAAGUUUAGAAAAGCGGUCCGCUUCUCCGCUUAUAGCUUACCAUCUUCUCGUCCAGCCUCCGCUGCCAAAGCAGGACCAUGGCAGACGAUGAAUACUCGGACAAUUUCUUCAGGAAUAUGACUUGUGAAAGUUCAGUUGAAGCAGAAUCUUUUCUACAUUUUUCGCUUAUUCCAUCAGUUAUCAUCAUUUUGCUGUUGUCCUGUCUUGAAAAGAGAACAAAAAGAUGCUGUUUUGAUGAAAAAUGUCCCAGAUAUGCAGGAUUUUGUGGGAUACUGCUCCCGAUUGAUUCCGGCGGCUUAUUCAGCAACCGAUGGUCAUUGGGAUUUGCAUUUGGAGUUACUGCUGAUAAAGUCAUGUUUCUGUUUCAGAAAGGCUACAUUCCAGAGGGAUUUCCUGGCUGGGCUAAUGUAUUUUGGAUCCUCCUCAUGGCUCUUGAAGUGGGCAUCUCAUCAUACCCUUUCUUUGCCUGCCUUUCAACAAAACAUGAAAUUGUAGGAGCAAUCUUAGGAUUUUUUUACACAGCGUCUUGGUCAGUUGUCAUGAUCCUUGACAUUAUAGAAUGCCCUGAGGGAGAUAUUGUGGGAGAAUACAGUAACACAAUCCUGAUGUGGCCAUCCUUGCUGUGCCAUUUUUUUCUGCUAGGACGAUUUCUUUUUAUGUUUGUGAAAGCAGUGAGAAUUGAAUCCAGAUACAACGUAACCGAGAAAGAUGCUUUUCUGGAAGAACAUCAGUCACAGUAUGUCCAGCAUCUACUGAGAAAGCCUCUGCUUGGGCAGCCCCAGAAAAACUGGAUUCAGAGAAAGUUAUACCAAUGGGAUCCCUACUUUAAAUUCCCCAGCAGAAUAAUCAGCACAGUUAUCAUUAUUAUCAUGUGUCUUUACAUGUUUAUUGUGACUGAAUUUCUUAUGACCAAGAUCCUAAUUUUAAAACCACUCAGACAGUUGUGGACCAUCUUCAGACCUUCAGUUUCAGAAGCUACAGAUUCAUGGAUCCAAAACAUUGAAGAGUUUAUUAAUGUUGUAGAAGGAGUUUGGAUUGUUACUACUGUUAUUACUGCUGGCACGUGCCUCGGAUAUGUAUUUCACAUCUUAGCCUGCUACAGAAAACAUAUUAAACUGUUGAGGACAGGCAGAAAGCACUUACUUCUGUCAGAAUCUAUGAAAGUGUCAUCUUCUCAAAGUGUGGUAGCACUAUCAAAGUUCACCUCUUGCCAGAUUGCAUACAUACUGUGGGGAUACCUGAUCAUGCAUUUGGUGCAGUGGAUAUUUGGAAUGGUUCUUAUGUAUGUUUUGAUUUUGCCCAUGAAGCACAGCCAGUGGAUGCAACUUUUUAACAAAUGGGGAACUGUGAUCCUGACAUUUGUCAUCAUCCUACUGAUCAAGAAGAUGCAGGUGAUUGUAGCUGGCAGGUUUUUUCUUCAGCCAAAACUGUCACCAAGUGACAGUCAAAAGCCUUUGGCACUUGAUAACAGGUCAGUGCUAGGGAGUGAUAUUCCCACUCCUUUUCCUUGAAUAUAGUUUUUUUCCAUUGUAUUUGAUAGGCCUGGAUGCUUCCAGAUGACCAUCUCUUAGCAGUAUCUUUUGGAAGGUACUGUGUA